AUGGGCGCGGCCUGCUUCGCCUGCUCCUACAUGGCGCACGGCACCGACGUGACGCGCCUGCGCCGCAAGCUCUGGAGCAGCGCCCCCGUGGCCUGCGAGCUCUGGGACAAGCCCGCGGUGGCGUCCUGGAUGGACGGCUGGCACGGCUGGGGCGCCGGCAGCUACGGGGCGCUGCUAAACGUGCCCGCCGUGCGGGACUUGCUCGAGAAGAAACGACCGGUCGUCUGCGACUUUGGCUGCGGGCCGGGGCUCCUCGUCGAGCGGCUCCAGCCCCGCUGCGGCCGCGUCGUCGGCUUGGACGUCGCGAAGAGCAUGGUCGACGUCGUCGAGGGCAAGCGCCGCGCGCGGGGCUGGUCCAACGUCGAGGCCCGCUGCGUCGACGUCGCGCGCUGCGACGUCGAGGAGCUCCGGGCGCUCGGGCCCUUCGACCUCGUCGUCUCCGUGACGGUCCUGUCCUUCGUCGCGAGGAGGGGUGGCGCAGCCGCCGCGGCCGUCGACGCGCUGCGCCGGUGCAUGGCGCCGGGCGGGCUCUUCGUCCACUUCGACUGGCCCGACGGGGACUGCGGGAGCCGGGCCGGCGCGAACAGACUCUACGCGGCCGCGGGGCUCGAGCCCGUCCACGCGGGCCACGCGACCAUCGACGGCGGCGGCGUCUUCGUCGGCGUCGCCCGGAAUAGCGGCGCGGGCUGA